CUUUCGGACGUUACCGCACGAAUAUCCAACAUGACCGGACGUGGAAAGGGAGGAAAGGGAUUGGGAAAGGGAGGAGCUAAACGGCAUCGCAAGGUAUUGCGAGACAACAUCCAGGGUAUCACGAAGCCCGCCAUUCGCCGUCUCGCUCGACGUGGAGGAGUGAAACGUAUCUCCGGUCUCAUCUACGAGGAGACGCGUGGUGUGCUCAAGGUCUUCCUUGAGAACGUCAUUCGUGACGCCGUCACCUACACCGAACACGCCAAGAGGAAGACGGUCACUGCCAUGGACGUCGUCUACGCUCUCAAGAGACAAGGACGCACUCUCUAUGGUUUUGGCGGUUAAUCCCAUCACAUCUUCUGGAUCUCCUCGAAAGACACAAUCGGCCCUUUUCAGGGCCA